AUGUCCCAGAUACGAUCGAGUACUGGCUCAGGCCACGACCACAAGGAUGGUCAUAAUCACAACCACAGCCACGAUCAUGGCCAUAGCCAUGGUUUCAUGGGUCAUCACCACCAUCACGAUAACGCAUACCUAACAUCUGGCAACAAGGACGACCCAGGCGUUCGAAUCACACGCAUCGGCUUGAUCUCCAAUCUGGGCAUGGCAGUCGCCAAAUUUGCUGGUGGAUAUGCCUUCAACUCCCGAGCCAUGACUGCAGACGCUUGGCACAGCAUUACAGAUCUUGCAUCCGAUAUAUUGACGCUUGCGACCGUGACGUGGAGUCUGAAACCACCAACAGACAAAUUUCCCAUGGGCUUUGGCAAGGUCGAGAGCUUGGGCUCACUGGGUGUUUCAAGCAUGUUGUUGGCCGGAGGUCUCUACAUGGGUUGGGACAGCGGCAUCAGUCUAUACGGACACUUUUACCCUGAAGCAGCACACGGUAUUCUAGAGCACGUCGGGCAUGGACACGGUCACAGCCAUUCCCAUGGAGCCGCGGCACUUGGAAUCCCAAGCAUGCAUGCAGCAUGGCUUGCAGCAGGAACCAUUCUUAUCAAGGAAUGGCUCUAUCAUGCCACAAUGAAGGUCGCGCGGGAACGCAAAUCUUCUGUUCUCGCAUCAAACGCUGUUCAUCACCGUGUUGACAGCCUGACGGGUUUCGUCACUUUGGCUGCUAUCAUGGGAGCGAACGCAAUGGAAAAUGCGGCGUGGCUGGACCCCGUCGGUGGUCUUCUCAUUUCCAUCAUGGUCAUCCAAGCAGGCGCAGGAAACACCAUCGCUGCUUUCCGCGAACUGGUAGAUCAAGGCAUCGAUGACGAGGUCAAGUCUUCAGUAACCAAGCACGCGCACAAAGCCUUGCAGAACGUGGUAGAAGGCCACGAGGUUGCCGUACGUGAAGUGAGCGGUAUCAAAUCAGGCCAGAAUUAUCUUGUGGACGUGGAGAUGACAGUGCCUGGUGCUUGGUCAGUCGAAACCACAAAGCAGGUGGAAGAUGCGGUGCGCACACAGGUCGGAGGUAAGGUGCGCGGCGUGAGAAGGGUUCGCAUCCGAUUCUCGCCAAAGGAAGCGCCCGCCAAGGCCAAAUUCGACGACUUUAUCCCUGGGACUGUAGUCUUGCCGCCAGAGACCGAAGAGGAUGCCUCUGAGGGAGAAGGCGAGUCGAACCACGGUCACGAUCAUGAUCAUAAGAGCAGUGGUCAUGACCACCAGUCAGCCAGUAGCCACGGGCAUGGAGACGGUCUCAAGAACAGAAACAAGCGUUAG